AAUCUUUCUGGAUGGAUAAACGCUGGAAGGGUAUAUAAGAGAACGCAAAACUGGCCUGCCUCGUCGCAGUCUGCUUGGGUAUUUUGCAGGUAAAAGAAGAGACAUUCUAUUCCGAGAGGGUAACCGUAUUAACGUCCUUUUAAGAUUGAAGUCAUGAAUAAGGUUCUCGUAGUCCUCUGCUUUAUUCUCCUGGUGGUGGCGGCGUGGCCGGAUGACGAUAACAUACAGCAGGUGGCCACAGGACCACGAGGACAGGACCUGGCAGAUGGUACGAUCUGCUCCACGGGCGACGAGUGCGCCAGCAAGUGCUGCCUGAAGCAGUUUACCGUCACGGGGAGCGAUGGUCCUGCCCAGUGUCACGUUAAGAGUGAUCUCGGAGAGAGCUGCUCUGACGACCAGGUGAAAGGCGGUGCAUCCGUGAACCACUGUCCUUGCUCCAGAGGGUCUUGCGAAAACAACAUCUGCACUCUCGAAAACACCGACGAAGAUAAGGACGAUUGAAAUAUAGAAAGAGAUCGGAUUUCAAAUGUAUAUAAUAAGUAAACAUACCUUUACUGUCUUAAUCCAGUACUAAGAAACUUGAAGAAACUACAGGGAUAAUUGUUUCUACUCGUUAAAAGAGAGCUUCCACUCUGUUUACGCCGAGUGCGUGACAUAUCAUGUCACCGACAGUAUGAUGGUUAAUAAAAGUGGCGGUGUCCGCAUGCUGGAAAAUGCA